ACCAAUUGUGUCAAGAACAAGAAAAACUAGGGUUCUAUUGUGUAGGAGUGUCAAUCUAAUUUGGUGAAGGGUCAAUCUAAUUUUCCAUAUUAGAUUGCCUCUCUGCCCACUAAGCUAACCCUUUUUAUAAAUAAUUCUCUUAGGGUUAGGGUUAUAUUAGGCAGUUGCUUCAAAAAAAGAAGGCUUUUUUUUUUUUGGUUUGGGUAAGGAUUUGAUCAAUACCCAAAUUCAGCAAAGAUUGGUGGGUUUAGAGCUCCGUGGGAUUCAAAAGCCAUGAAGAAAAGGGUGGUGGUGGUGAAGAAAUCCGAUGGGUCUGGGGGGCGAGGAAACCGGUCUGGUUCGGGCUCCGUCGUGCGCUACGCCGAGUGCCAGAAGAAUCACGCGGCGAAGCUUGGUGGGUUCGCGGUGGACGGUUGCCGUGAGUUCAUGGCCAGAGGUGAGGAGGGGACUGAGGAGGCUCUCAGCUGUGCUGCUUGUGGCUGCCACCGGAAUUUUCAUAGAAGAGAGGUGGAUGCUGAAGUUGUUUUCGAGUAUUCUCCUACAAACUCCGAUCAUCAUUGAUCGAAUCAAAUGGAUCAUCAUCAUCAUCACCAUCACCAUCAUCAUCCAUCUUCGAAUUGACUAAAAGGGUUUGUUCUUAUAAAUAAAAUUUCUGUGUUCUUGUUUUGAAUUUUAGUUUGCAUUUCAUGUAAAUCUAAUCGGUAACAAACUUGGAUUAUUGGGAAACAAAAAUGUUUGUUUGAUCAAGGAUUUUACCCUAACAUAAAAUUGGGUAUGAAAUUUGA